GUUAGAACCAUAGCACAGUAAACACUGUCAACCGAUAUCGUCAGACAACUGCCGCAGAGUCUCGACAGACAAACACAGAGAGAGAGAGAGAGAGAGAGGGAGGAAUGAGCAAUAAACAGAGAAGCAUCAAGCUGUUCUGUCCCUUAGUAUCAAAGGCGGUAUGGUUGGUUGUGUGGGACGAGCAGAGACUCGACCUGGGCUCCAUAGCUCGGACCUUUGGGCUCGACCCAUCAACUCUCAAGCUCAAUGGUCACUUCAUUAGUAGAGGGGUUGAUUUCAUAGCCUCCUCAGUCACCUGGAACUCCCUUAUUUCUUUCUUCUCUGCCAGAGGCUUCUCCACUGGGAAAAAUCACCAAGACGCUCUUAUUGUUGAUGGCAAGCUUACCAAACUUGGCUCUAAGAGGGUGCGUGACCCUCAAGAUGCUGUUAAUGGAAGUUACUAUGUAGCAGCAGAUAAAGUUGAUGGUGAUAGUACAAGGCCACAAGCUGAAGAUUUCAACUUGGUGAAGAAUAAAAGGUUGAAGGAAAGGGACACAGGAGGCGAAGCUCUCCUUGGCCUGAGCUCCAAGAGAAAGCAGAUGUUGGAAGAUGUAAGCCUACUCAAGAAGUUAAAGAUAAAUGAAACUGAGUCAGAUAUUCAAGGAAGAGGAAAUGACCUCCCAAAAACCUUUGUACACACCCAAUUUACAUGCAGUUAUAUGAGUAAGAAUUUGAAGCGGAUGCGAGGAGAUGAGACAAUUGAAGCUUCUCCUUGCAAGAGGAUGACAUGAAGCUUCUUUUUGUUUCUUUCUCUUUUGUUCUCUUCCAUGGUUUCACCCCCUUAUAAGUUUCAUUUUUCUUUACUUCUUGUCUCCUGAUAGAUUGUCAACUUGUAAAUGGUUUUAGAUGAGGAUAUAAGCGUUGUAAGUUUGUAAAAUCUUGUAAUUUAAUUGCCUUUGAUACAAAUAUAAGGCUUUUGCUACAUAUAUAUUGCUUGAAAGGUCUUGUAAUUUAAUGGCCAUUGUUACAAAUAAAUGUUUGUGAUCUACCAGCAAUUGAUUUUCA